UUGGUACAAGCAAUUUUUAGUAGCUCAUGUGAAAUUAAUGCGAUUUGUAGUAUUUUUAUGGUGUGCGGUGACUUUGAAAAUAAUUGAUUGCACCAACAAGUGCGAAACACAAAUGAACUUACCUCGCGCUGAAAUAACAGCGUAAGCAACUUGUAGAGCGACAACAAGCACAGCCAAUGUUAUAAGCAAUUACUUGUUCAGUUGUUCAGUUUUACUUAUUUAACAAUAAAUGAUUUGCUUUAAUUAGCCACACGGCAUAUUUGUACUUUAUUCAAGUGGUUUUAUGUAAUUUACGCUUAAUCUGAAACAAGGGAUUUUAUAAACAAUUUGUGAAAAAUGACGUCUCCGCAAAAUGUACGACAACGUAAAUUGAACUUAAACGAUGAUCAGGCAGGUGGUGCUGCGCCUAGUCGGCGCAAGUCUUCCUCGCCAAACGGUGCGUCGAAAGGUUUACCUAGAGGACUAAAGCUUUCGUUCCUGUGUCUGGUUCUAUCGGCAACGUUGCUUCUGUUCUUUUUCGGCGUUUAUAUGGAUUCCACCAGCCCGUUCUUAGUGCGCUUGGCAUCGAAACUGGGUUACACACGCAAUCAAUUUGCGGUCAUCAUCGAUGCAGGUUCGACUGGUAGCCGUGUGUUGGCUUACAAAUUCGAUAGAAGUUUUAUUGAUAAUAAGCUGGUCUUGUCUGAGGAACUCUUCAAAGAACGCAAACCUGGCCUAUCGUCGUUCGCAGAGAAUCCAGCAAAAGGCGCACAUUCCAUUAAAUUGCUACUUGAUGACGCUAAAGCAUUUAUACCCAAAGAGAAAUGGGCGUCGACGCCACUUGUACUCAAAGCCACAGCUGGUCUGCGGCUUCUGCCACAACACAAAGCUGAAAAUCUCUUAAAUGCCGUGCGUGAACUUUUUGCGAAGUCAGAAUUUAGCGUCGAGCCAGAUGCAAUUGAAAUUAUGGAUGGCACAGAUGAAGGCAUUUUCUCAUGGUUCACAGUGAACUUUUUGCUAGGUCGUCUAUCGAAAACAAAUCAAGCUGCUGCGCUCGACUUGGGCGGUGGCAGCACACAAGUAACCUAUGCGCCAACCGACCCUGAUCAGUUACCGCUCUACGAGAAAUACAUGCACGAGGUAAACACACUAAACCGGAAAAUCGAUGUAUUUACACACAGCUACUUAGGGUUGGGUUUGAUGGCGGCGCGUCACUCUGUAUUUACAAAGGGCUACAACAAGGAUGUGAAUAAUGUGGAAACAGUGUGUGUAAAUCCAAUAAUAUAUAAUCGCACGUGGACUUACUCAAAUGUGGAAUAUCAAAUUAGCGGCAAACCAAAUACGAAAUCAACAGCAGAAGAACCAGUUGUGGACUUUGAACAGUGUUUGGAAGCAGUUAAAACGCAGGUUCUACCGCUAGUCAAGCCAAAGCCAUUCACCUUGAAACAACACACCGUAGCUGCAUUCAGCUAUUACUUUGAGCGCGCAAUAGAAUCCGGGCUUAUUGAUCCUUUCCAGGGCGGCGAGAUCACAGUGGCUGCAUACCGCAAGAAGGCAGAAGAGGUGUGUAGCAUUGCGAAUGACGAACAACCCUUCAUGUGCUUCGAUUUGACGUUUAUUUCGGUGUUGCUGCGCGAAGGAUUUGGACUCGGUGAUAGUAAAAAGAUAAAGCUUUACAAAAAAAUUGAUGGUCAUGAAAUUUCAUGGGCGCUGGGAUGUGCUUAUAACGUAUUGACUAGCGAUGAGAAAUAUAAUUCCUAAAUCUUAAAAAUCUAUACGAGUAACAAUAAUGAAACACAAAAAAACAGAAAAAAAACACGCAACGCAUCCAACAAAGUAUACAAAUUUGUAUGUAGGAAUAUAAUAUAUAAUAUUUGUAGCAUAAAAAUUAAAAGUGCUUUGUAGGUAUAGUAAAACAAAAAACACAAAUAUUUGGCCUGUUUGGUAUAGAGGCGACGCCCGAUUUGGCAACAAGUCGACACUUGCUAAUACUCGUAGCUGGAGCGUCGGUGAUAGGAGUCGAUUAUCAACAACGACUUGUCGCUAACAAUGAUAUUUAACUAAAUGCCUUGGUGCCUUACAAACUAAAAUAAUUUGUCUUCAAUUUUAAUUCAACAACAUAGGGAAGUGUUUAUAGUUUGACCUUUGAAAAUAAUCUUUUUGCGCAUAAUAUGGAUGUGUGUUAUGGGAUUAUUUCACUAUUAAUUUACGAACAUAUCAGCUUUAAACACUAUGUGUUUAUUUUAAGUUUGUGAAUGUAAAAUUUAUUUUUGUUUCUUGAAAAGUAUUGUAUCACGCUUUAAGGGGUUAUACGCAGUUAUGAAGCAAAUAAAAGACGGGUUGUCAAGGAUUUAUCCUGAAGAAACUUCAGAAUAUUUUAAUUUGAAAAUUUUUGGCGGUUAUAAAAGCAUCCUUCAAGAACGUAACAAAAUUUUUUAUUUAUGAAAAUGUUGAUUAUAGAGCGCGCUGCAGGCGAUUUCUGGAACCUCCUUUAAAAAAAGACGAUUUACGGUGUACAUCGUAACUCAGGAUUGGAUUAUCUGAAAUCAAAAAACCAAACAAAUUUUGUUAAUAUAUUAGAUUAUCUAGUAAUUAAUCGUUCGGCUAAUCAAAAUAGUGAAUUUUCACAAAAUGGCAGCUUUUAAAAGAAAUGAUUUUGAUUUUUACGUUAAAAUUUGGCCGUAAAUUGAUUAUAAAAUGGAAAAUAAGUAUCAGAUUUACAAAAGGAACGAUUAAUUACUAGAAAAUGUAUCUUUAAAGAUUGAGUUAAAACGGUUGACCGAUCAAACAAGCCGUUUUCGAGAUAUCGUGUACACCGACUUGAAAAAUGCCGUUUUGAAAAAAACACGUUUAAAGUUUCAAUACCUACCUUAAAACGUGCCGAGGCAUCUCUACAUAUUUAGGUAUAACUCCGAAAGUAUUGCUUAGAUCUACUUCAAAUUUCGUGCGUAUACUUUUGAAUAUAUGUACAUUACAAAAAUGCAAUAAAAAAAUCGAUUUUUUUGAAAGUCAUAACUGCGUAUAACCCCUUAAUAUAUACUCACGUAUGUAUACAUAUGCCUAUGUAUAUAAAUUAGACAACAAUCUUUUGAGAGAGAUCGAGAUUUCUAAAUUGUUUGAAUUGUGUAAAUAAAAAAAUAAUUGUCAUUUGUUACAAACAAUGCACAGAUGUAUAUAUAAUAAAUACUUUCUUUUU